CAGAGAGGACCCCGGAGGCAGCAGAUGGAGCAUGCCUGUCUAGCCCUAAUGCCACCCUACAGGCAUGGUGUGGGACAGGGAAAGGGGGCGAGAAAAAGCGGAGAGUAGAACAGCGACAGAACGCUGCAAAGAGCAAAGGAGCAGGGAGGGAAGGAAGAAAACGGGAAAAAGAAAAAAAAAAAAAAAAAAGGAGGAGAAAGGGGAGGAGAUGAAAAGCAAGGGGAGAAGGGAGGACCGGGCGGGGAGGAGACGAGAGAGGCAGCUCGGCAGAGGGGGACGGGACGGGACCCGGCGCCCCGCGGGCCAUGCGCCUCCUGGCUACGGCGCUGGCCGCCCUGCUGGCCACGGCCUCAGCCCCAGAUGCUUGUGAGGCUUUAAAUGUGACAGUCUCUCCUGGACCAACAGUGCAGUACUCCGAGGGGGAUAAUGCUACCCUGUACUGCCACAUUUCUCAAAAGAGAAAGACAGACAAUUUGCUGGCUGUGCGGUGGGUCUUUGCUGCAUCACCUACCCAGGAGCAUCUGAUGAUCAAAAUGACAAAGUUUGGGUCUGUCCAGUAUUAUGGAAAUUAUACUCAUCAUUUUCACAAGCAAAGACUUCAUCUUCUUAAAGAGAAACAUGGAACUAUGUACAAAUUUCUUAUUUUAAGCCUCCAUCAAACAGAUCAAGGACAUUAUAUAUGCAAAGUACAGGAAAUUGGCAAGCACAGAAAUAAGUGGACAGCAUGGUCAAAUGGUACAGCAGCUACUGAAAUAAGAGUGAUUUCAUCAAAAUCUUCUGAUCAUCCCACUUUCAAGAAAAAACAUGAAGCUUGGAAGUUUUUUGAAGAUCUGUAUGUGUACGCAGUGUUUGUGUGUUCCAUAGGAAUCAUCAGUGUCCUCCUUUUUACACUUGUCAUUCUCUGUCAGUCACUUCUGAACAGGAGGAGAUCCACAGUGAAGCAUUACCUGGUGAAAAGCCCCCAGAACAGCUCCGGGGAGACGGUUACCAGUGUGACAAGCAUGUCUCCUCUACAGCCUAACAAAGUAAAGAAAAAGAAAGAGAAAGAGAAACUGGAGCAGCCACCAGCCAUCCCAGCAAAAGCUCCAAUUGCCAAUAAUUUCCCAAAACCCAAGCUCUUGAAACCUCAAAGAAAAUUGAUCCUGCCAAAAAUCGCAGAGGAGAAUUUAACAUAUGCUGAACUUGAACUGAUGAAGCCAAUUCAGGAAGCCAAAGGCAUUUCCAGUAUGACAGUGUACGCACAGAUACUCUUUGAGGAGAACAAGCUGUAA